AAUUCAAAAUCGAAAAACCACCAGUGUUACAGUGUAGUCCUAGUACCCUCAAUCCUCUUGCUCCUUCGAUUUUUAAUCCGGAGUAAUUCUCUAUCGGAAAACAAUAGUCUUCUACCGAAGAUCAAUCAAUGGAGGGCGAUGAUUCCAAAGGUGAAGGGUUAGUGCUAAAAGGAGUUCCAGCGUACGGCGGGAAAUACAUUCAUUACAGCGUACUUGGAAACCUAUUUGAGGUUUCUUCCAAAUAUGUUCCUCCCAUUCAACCUGUCGGCCGUGGUGCUUACGGCAUCGUUUGUUGUGCUAAAAAUUCUGAAACAAAAGAAGAAGUUGCAAUCAAGAAAAUUGGGAAUGCAUUUGAUAACAACAUUGAUGCCAAGAGGACUCUACGGGAAAUCAAACUCCUCUGCCAUAUGGAUCAUGAGAAUAUUGUCAAAAUUAAGGACAUCAUUCGGCCACCAGAUAAAGAGAAGUUCAAUGAUGUUUACAUUGUGUACGAAUUGAUGGAUACCGAUCUGCAUCAGAUAAUUCGCUCUUCUCAGGCACUAACAGAUGACCAUUGUCAGUACUUUCUCUAUCAGUUACUGCGUGGACUGAAGUAUGUACACUCUGCAAAUGUUUUGCACCGUGAUCUAAAACCAAGUAACUUGCUUCUGAAUGCGAACUGUGACCUAAAGAUUUGCGACUUUGGGCUUGCAAGAACGACAUCUGAGACAGAUUUCAUGACGGAAUAUGUUGUGACCAGGUGGUAUAGAGCUCCUGAGUUGUUGCUUAACUGCUCAGAGUAUACUACAGCCAUUGAUAUCUGGUCAGUUGGUUGCAUUCUAAUGGAGAUUAUUCUGAGGGAGCCUCUGUUUCCGGGUAAAGACUACGUUCAGCAAUUGGUGCUUAUAACAGAGCUUCUAGGAUCUCCAGAUGACGCAGAUCUUGGAUUUCUCAGAAGUGAUAAUGCUCGGAGGUAUGUCAAACAGCUUCCUCAUGUCCCAACCAACACUUUUCAGCAGAAGUUCCCAAAGGUCUCCCCCGUAGUGAUAGAUCUUGCAGAGAAAAUGUUAGUUUUCGAUCCAUCUAAACGCAUAAGUGUCGAAGAUGCUCUUAAUCAUCCUUUCUUGCAAAGCCUGCAUGAGAUCAACGAGGAGCCUACUUGUUCCUCUCCGUUUGUCUUUGAUUUCGAGCAAGCAUCUUUAAGCGAGGAAGAUGUGAAGGAACUCAUUUGGAAAGAAACUUUGACGUUCAACCCGGAUAGUGUAGCGGGUGUGUAAUCUUGAUUACGAAUCCCGUUCAUUUGUCCAGAGUGGUAUGAACCCCUUCAGUUUUGACGGAAAAUAUAUGAUAUGUUAUCGAGUUUCCAAUACGUCAAAAUGCAACAAAGUUUAAUCAUGAUUCAAGUGAGUUGAUGCUUGUCUUUUGGAGGAUCAUGGCUACGGUGGUUUGGAUUUGAUUGUGAGGAUGGAUCGCAAUGGGGAUCAAGUGGUCUUCAGUGAGAAGGUCUAGUCCCAGGUUCCUGGAUUUGUUAUUUGUGUUUGUAUUAUCCAAAUUCAGCUUAUUUGUAACAAAUUUAUUUAUAAGAGUGAAAACAAAUCCUAAGAAUACUGCUUUAGGGGCUGUUUGGUUCGUGAUCUGUUAAAACCUGUAUGGAUAUAAUUGUCUGUAUGUUAACCGAUAAGUUGUUGUUUGGUUGUUGUGC